AUGGAGCACGACACCAAGACCCCCCAAUACAAAACGAGCGAUCCUACCUCGUUCGCGAGUGAAUCCGUCAAGAGGCGAUGGCCUGUCAUUCUUACCCAGGGAAUUGACGAUGUCUACCGCGCCGUUACCAAGACCAGCGACCCCGAGAAACUAGCGGAGGGCAAGAAGAUUAUCGAGCAACUCGCCAAUCUCAAGUACGAGGUCGAGCAUGACCGAAAGCUCAGUCCCCUCCCCGACGAUGGAUUCACGGAAGAGAUCGAGACAUAUAACAAGGAGCUCGAGGCUCUUGGCCCCGAUGCUCACUGGUACGAUGUACCAUGGUUGUUCUCCGAAUGCUACCUAUACAGACGCAUCGCGGCCAUAUUCCGCAUGACCGAACACUGGAGAUCCUACGAUCUUUUCGCCCGACAGAAGAUGGACACCUUCCGAUCAUCAAGACCCGCGGUUCUCGAGCUCGCUAGCAACUAUAGACAAUUAGUCGAGCAGCUCCGUGCUGAUAAGGACUCAACACAUGAUCCCAAGGCCGAGAAGACUCUGUUCCAGGAGAUGUUCGAGAUUUGCCUGUGGGGAAACGCUACAGACUUGUCACUACUCACAAACUUGACCUAUGAGGAUAUCCAGAAACUCCAGGGCUCUGAGGCUCGUAAGGCGGCCGAGAAGAACAUCCUCGUCAACGAUCUCCCUAAGGCGUUUGAUAUCCUUAAGAAAGCACAGGCUGAGGGCAAGAAGGAGCGCCGCGUUGAUAUCGUCCUCGACAAUGCUGGCUUUGAGUUGUAUGUCGAUAUGAUUCUGGCCGGUUACCUUCUCUCAGCUGGUCUCGCCACACAAGUUGUCCUACGACCCAAGUCCAUCCCCUGGUUCGUCUCCGACGUUGUGCCCAGCGACUUCAGCGGCUUGUUGAACGCUGUUGCCAACCCCCGCGCUCUUUAUGACACACCGUCAGAGGAUGAGGAACUUCAGGGCAAGAAGCCUGAGCCCCUAUCUGAGGAGGGCGAGAAGGACCUUAAGUUCCUAUUCCAGGAGUGGGCUACGUUCCACGCUGAGGGACAACUUAUGCUCCGACCAAACCGGUACUGGACUUACGGCGGUAGCUUCUGGCGAUUACCGGCUGAGAACCCUGAGUUGCACGAGGAGCUCAAGGAAGCCGAACUUGUCAUCUUCAAGGGCGACCUGAACUACCGCAAGCUCGUCGCUGAUGCUGCUUGGCCCGCUACCACACCUUUUAUCGAGGCCCUCGGCCCCAUGGGUCCCUCGUCAGGCGUCAACAUCUUAUCCUUGCGAACAUGCAAGGCCGAUGUUGUCGUUGGUCUUCCGGAGGGCAAGGAUGAGGAGUUGAAGCAACUUGAGGGUGGCGGUGGUGAUUCUGGUGCUCGAAAGUGGGCGUGGAACGGAAAAUGGGCUGUUGUGAACCUGUCUCAGGGUCAUUAG